UUCAAAGAUUUUUUUUUAAAACUUAACGCCUUCAUCGUUGCUAAAUAAAAUUAGUCAACAAUCUCCACCGGCCAGAACCAAUUUCAGUUUUUUUUUUUGGUUUUCAAAGUCCGAUCACCGGGAAAAAUGGUGGAGCUGAAGAAUGUGCGGUCAAAUACGUUGACUCUUGUAUUGGUGAAUAUAGCUAGUAUAAUGGAGAAAGCCGAUGAAACUUUGUUACCUGGUGUUUAUAAAGAAGUUGGUGAAGAUUUGCAUACUGAUCCAACUGGUCUUGGUUCUCUUACACUUUUUCGAUCGUUAGUUCAAUGUCUUUGUUAUCCGUUAGCUGCGUAUCUUUCUUCUCGUCAUAACAGAGCUCACGUCAUUGCUCUUGGUGCUUUUCUAUGGUCUGCUGCUACUUUCCUUGUUGCCGUCUCCGCUAAUUUUACUCAGAUAGCUAUUUCGAGAGGUUUGAAUGGAAUAGGACUUGCAAUAGUCACUCCAGCAAUCCAAUCUCUAGUUGCUGACUCGACUAAUGAUAGUAACCGCGGUACAGCUUUUGGAUGGUUACAACUAACAACAAAUUUUGGUUCCACCCUUGGAGGGCUUAUAUCUGUGUUGUUAGCCCAAACAUCCUUCAUGGGGAUACCAGGCUGGAGAAUCUCGUUCCAUUUGGUCGGUAUGAUAAGUGUUGCUGUUGGAAUUUCGGUCAGUUUCUUAGCCAACGAUCCCCGUUUUGUUGACAGUGAUGGCAAUGCAAAAGAUCAACCUCCACCGCCACCAUUUCAAGAAGAAGUGAGACAAUUGCUUAAAGAAGCAAAAGAAGUUAUGAAAGUACCUUCCUUUCAAUUACUUAUUGCUCAAGGGAUUUCGGGGUCAUUCCCUUGGUCGGCAUUGUCAUUCGCCCCUAUGUGGUUAGAGCUUAUUGGCUUCUCUCACAAAUCAACAGCCCUCUUGUGGACUUUGUUUAAUGUUGCUCAAUCACUUGGUGCGUUAUUCGGAGGUACAAUGGGUGACGUCCUAGCCAAGCAUUUGCCUAAUUCUGGUAGAAUUAUUCUAGCUCAGAUAAGCUCUGGUUCCGCAGUUCCUUUAGCUGCAAUUCUGCUUCUGCUAUUGCCUUAUGAUCCUUCAACAACUUUGAUACAUGGUUUGGUCAUGUUUAUCAUGGGAUUAUGCGUAUCGUGGAAUGCUCCAGCAACUAACAAUCCAAUAUUUGCAGAGAUUGUUCCAGAGAGAGCUCGAACAAGCAUUUAUGCUCUGGAUCGUUCUUUCGAGUCAAUUAUAUCAUCAUUUGCUCCUCCACUGGUUGGCAUUUUGGCUCAACACGUUUUCGGUUUUAAACCAAUUCCAGAGGGAUCAACAGGCUCAGAGGAAAUCAAAACAGAUAGACAGAAUGCUGCCUCACUUGCCAAGGCACUUUACACUGCAAUAGGCAUUCCAAUCGCGAUUUGCUGCUUCUUCUACUCCUUCCUCUAUUGCACGUAUCCACGAGACAGGGAUCGUGCCAGGUUGCAACAGACUGAAGAAACAGGCAAUGCUUCAUCUGAAGAACGACAGGCCUUACUCGAGAACGAUGACGAAAGACUUCUUUUGGUUAGUUGAAUGUUCCAACAAAAUAUCAGAUAUAAGUAUUACAACAGAAUUUGAAGUGUUCUGUUGAAUUCUUUGUUCAAAGAUAUGACAUAUAGUGUUCUGAAAUGUAUUACAACAAAUUAGUUGAUUGUGUAGUAUGGUUAGCUUGAUAUAUAGAAUGCAAUCAUUUUGGACAAGUAUAUUUUAUUAA